AUGUCGUACUCUGGACAGCGUCGACCGACCACCCCAAUCGCCCUGCCAGUUACCUCAGACACGAAUCCUGCAGCGGAUGGAGCCUCGCCGGAAUUAUUCUCUCCGUUCUGUCCGUGCUGUACAUCGUCGCCCUCCGACGAGACGAAUGCUUCAUUCGACAUAAGCUACCCGUCUGCGGAACUGGAAGAACAGCUCCUGCGGACCCUCACGUUCUACUCGCCUUCACCCUUCCGCAUUCAAGCCAUAGCUGUUCUGCUACACGAUUCUCGGGUGACUAAAAACUGGUUGCUGAUCGAGUUGCUCUGCCAUCGUGUCUUCGCCGCACUGCCCGACCAAGGUACUAUUCGCCGGGUCAGCUCGUCAUACCAUGCACGCGCCAGUCCCGGGGAUGUGCUGCUCAUCACCGCCUACCCGGUCACGCAAACGUCGUUCCGACGGCUCGAAGCAACCAUAACCAAGGGCAAUGAGCUCAUGGCCACCGUCACGGCUCUAUAUGAUGGACCUGUCUUGGGAGGAACGGCUGAUAUGAGACGCCGAGAUCAAAGCGAUCUUGCGGAUGAAUUCAAUCGAUUGACGACUACGGGCUCCGCACAUGAGCGUGUCUGA